CUCUGUACUAGUAUGUCUCAAAUGUGUGGCCAUUCCAAAUCAUCUUCUGGACGCCGCAAAGUUGACUACGCCGCUGCGGGGCUUGGAGGUCCGUCGGUUCUCCGUCCUGAAGGCGCCCACAGUCUUGUCAUAUCGCCGAAUGCAGUCCUCCUUGAUCGGAUAGCUCGUGCGCUGGAUGCAGUUGUUGGUGUAGACAAGCGUGGCCCGGGAGGCCUUGCCCAGGGCCUGAUGACACACACAACAGGGCAAUGAGGACCGCUGUCCCUUCGGGUAUGCUGCAUGAGAUUCUGUGGGAGGAGAGUGGAUACUCACGGCGAUUCCUCCGAUGACGCCAGCGAAUGCGUCUGCAAUGUGUCCCCACACCGUCUUGGUCUGCGCCCCACGCUGCUGAGCUGACAUCGCG